GGAGCUCUCCCGAGCGCCAUGCUAGGCGCGGGCGGCGCGGGGCUCGCGCGGGCGUUGCGGGCCAGGACGCAGGCGUGGCUGUGGGGUUGGCGUGGCCGCUCGCUGGCCUUGGCGCGCGCGGCCGGCGGCCUCCACGCGUGGGGCCGGCAGCCCUCGGCCGGGCGCGAGCCGCGCGGGCGGCGGCGGAGUCUGUCGGCGGCGGCAGUCGUGAACGCGGCGCCCCGCCCGCUGCAGCCCUACCUGCGCCUCAUGCGGUUGGACAAGCCCAUAGGAACCUGGCUGCUGUAUCUGCCGUGUACCUGGAGCAUUGGUUUGGCGGCUGAACCAGGUUGUUUUCCAGAUUGGUGCAUGUUAUCCCUCUUUGGCACUGGAGCUGUUCUGAUGCGUGGAGCAGGCUGUACUAUUAAUGACAUGUGGGACCAGGACUACGAUAAAAAGGUUACAAGAACAGCAAGUCGCCCAAUAGCUGCUGGAGACAUUUCAACUUUUCAAUCCUUUGUUUUUCUCGGGGCACAACUGACCUUGGCCUUGGGUGUUCUUCUGUGUCUGAAUCACUAUAGUAUAGCUCUUGGAGCAUCAUCCCUGCUUCUUGUCAUCACCUACCCGCUAAUGAAAAGAAUUACCUACUGGCCUCAAUUAGCCUUGGGAUUGACUUUUAAUUGGGGAGCAUUGCUUGGAUGGUCUGCUAUCAAGGGCUCCUGUGAGCCAUCUGUUUGCCUUCCUCUUUAUUUUUCUGGAAUUAUGUGGACUCUGAUAUAUGAUACUAUCUAUGCCCAUCAGGACAAGAAAGAUGAUGCUUUGAUUGGGCUUAAGUCCACGGCACUGCGGUUCCGGGAAGACACCAAGCAGUGGCUCAGUGGCUUCAGUGUGGCGAUGCUGGGGGCCCUGAGCCUGGUGGGAGUGAACAGUGAUCAGACUGCACCUUACUACAUCGCCCUGGCUGCUGUGGGAGCCCAUCUGGCUCACCAGGUUUACACUCUGGACAUCCACAGACCGGAAGAUUGUUGGGAUAAAUUCACCUCCAACAGAACAGUAGGACUGAUGCUUUUUGCAGGGAUUGUCCUUGGGAAUUUGUGGAAAGAAAAGGAGACAGGUGAAACAAAGAAACUUACGGAUAAUAGAAUCGAAAGUUAGCAGAUUGCGUUUGUUUAGGGAUGUUUUAAAGCAGACUUUUACAGAAGAACACUCUCACGUCUUUUCACCAUAUAAUUAGAUUUGAAUAAACAGUCUUAAAAUAUGUUGAAGGAUUGCAGACCAGAAGAUGAAGACCUAGAGCGUAUGUGCCUAGAUUUUCGAGAGUGUCCUAGGCACCUUCUCCCCCGUCGCAGAAACCAGGGACUCCAGGAUUUGAGAGGACCUGGAGUGUUUAAGUUAAUGCAUUCUUCUCGUUGUCAUUCUCGCCUGCAGUUAUGGGAAUUAUGUGAGCUUUGGCACUUUAGAAAAAGCCUGAGGUAUGUCUCAUCUAAAUGAAUGUCUGUAGGGAAAUGGACUCUCUUUAGGGGAAAAUAAAAGCUGCUCCAGAAAGUUGGGGCUUAUUGUUCUUUGUUGUGACCUUUACUUGCUGCCAAAAGCUGUAACUCAGGAAACCACUCUUUUUUAUAUUUUAGGGGAGUUUAAGUAAGUAAAUAAACUUUUUUACCUACUGUACCCGUACACACUGCCGUUGUUACCAGCCCUGACAUUGAUUUGAGAGGUCUCUGCAACCAAAGUGACCAGAAGGAGCGGGCAGUCACCAGGGACUGUUUUAAUUUCUAUUUAUUUUUUAUCUCAUCUGAUUGUAAUUUAUAGGAUAGUGGCAUGUUGGUUAAGCGUACAGUUUCUGCCCUUACCCCCUUUAGAAUAUUCUCAACACAGCAGCCAGAGGGAUUUUUUUCCCCAGACCCCUCUAAGAUUUUUUUUUUUUUUUUUUUUUUUUUUUUUGUCUUUUUGCUAUUUC